UACAGAGAGUUAUCUCACAGUGACUGGUCAUUACAGAGGGUUAUCUCACAGUGACUGGUCAUUACAGAGAGUUAUCUCACAGUGACUGGUCAUUACAGAGAGUUAUCUCACAGUGACUGGUCAUUACAGAGAGUUAUCUCACAGUGACUGGUCAUUACAUACUGGAUUGGGAAAAGUGCCGUACUCCAAACCCGUCUCCUGUUAUAAAGUCAUACAAGAGCUAAUUUUUUUCUCUCACUAUUUUCAGUACUUUAUGAAUGUGUACAAGUUGAUUUUUGCAUUUAAGUAAAAUAAAGAGAAUUGCCACUAAAACCAUUUUUUUCUUCUUAACAUACUUCCUGUUCCUGUCAUCUAAACAAAGAAUAAUGGAAAAAAAACCUUUAAUUUGCCAAGACAUCAGAACCGAACCGAAACCCGUGGGUAAAAACCGCGGUACGUAUUGAACCGUGGGGUAACUGUAUUGUUGCAGCCCUAGUUGAUACACUCUGUGAAGAUCUCAGUAGGCGCACGGUGUGUUCACUAAUCCAGGAUAAAACAUGUGACCUCAUACACACUCACCAUCAUCAUCAUCCUCUUAGAGAUUGACUUUAAUCCCUCCAUCAGCGUCUCUCUCUGAGGAGGCAUCAUGGCUACUCCUGGGCAGAAGGUGGUGUUGAUCACGGGCUGCUCUUCAGGAAUCGGCCUGUGGAUUGCUGUGCUGCUCGCUAAAGAUGAACAACAGAGAUAUUACGUGAUAGCUACGAUGAGGAACCUGCAGAAGAAAGAGCGUCUGUUGGAGGCAGUGGGUGAAGCGUACGGUAAAACUCUCUCUCUCCUCACACUUGAUGUGUGUAGUGACCAGUCUGUCUCAGAGUGUAUCAAGAGCAUUAAAGACAGACACAUAGACAUACUGAUUAAUAAUGCAGGUGUGGGUCUGGUCAGCCCGGUGGAGUGUGUGUCCAUGGAGGAGGUGAGGAGUGUCUUUGAGACGAAUGUGUUUGGAGUGAUCAGGAUGAUUAAAGCUGUUGUUCCGGACAUGAAGAAACGGCGAGCGGGACACAUCAUCGUCAUCAGCAGCACCAUGGGCCUGCAAGGUGUGGUGUUUAAUGACGUCUACGCUGCAUCUAAGUUCGCUGUGGAGGGGUUUUGUGAAAGUCUUGCCGUGCAGCUGCUCAAGUUUAACAUCAGGGUGUCGAUGAUCGAGCCCGGUCCGGUCCACACUGAUUUUGAGGUGAAAAUGAUUGAGCAGGUCUCUCAGAAAGAUUACCCGGAAUGUGACGCUGAGACGCUUCACUACUUCAAGAACGUUUAUCUUCCUGCUUCAGUGGACGUCUUCCAAACGCUGGGCCAAACACCUCAGCAGAUCGCCAUGAGCACUAAACAGGUGAUGGAGACACAACGUCCUCGCUUCCGCAGCCUCACUAACCCUCUGUACACACCGCUGGUGGCCCUGAAGAUGGCCGAUGAGAGUGGAGAUCUUUCUGUACGCUCGCUUCAUCACCUGCUCUUCAACCUGGGAGGAGUCAUGAAGUUCAGCAUGAACAUGCUCAAGUGCCUCACCUGUGUGUGUUUACGGAGCAGAACUGUCGCACCUGACUAACACACACAUACACACACACACACUCACAGACACAGACACACACACACACACACGCAGACACACACUCACACACACGCAGACACACACACACACACACUCCCUUGUCGAUCCUUCAGAAUUAGUCAGUUAUACAAGUAAUAAAAGAGCAUGUGAGUUAAACUGCUGCAGCGCUUCUCCUCCUGUGGACUGCAUCAGAUUAGACAGUUCCUGCUUCUUCCACCACGGCAGAUGACCCACAGCACUCUCCCUGUCAGCCAGCAGAUCCCAUGUGUUCUCAAUAGGACUGAACUCUGGCCGUGGUAGAAGACUGACCUUGAUGUCUUUCAGGAACUCAUGUACAGAAGGAGCAGGUUGGCUGGUGGUGUUGUCAUGCUGCAGGUUCAUGUAGCUUACAGGAAGUGUAGCAUGUGACAGAGGAGGAUGUGUUCCCUUCAACACAGUAUUCAAAUUACCUGCAAAUGAACACAAGCUGAUUUCCACUUUAUACCAGAACAUUUCCAAGACCAACUUGAGGCCAGCCGCUUAAACUGGGCUGAGACUGGGUCAUGCAGCAGGACAUUAAACUGAGUGUGAAAAGAUGUUUGUGUGAAAUGAACAGAAUUAACAGCUGUAUUAAUGAACCGGUCAGCCUUUACAGGACAGAUGAGUGUGGAUGUAAAGUUACUCUCCACUCAGUCAAAGCCCUACAGCCCUGACCAAACCACUAUAAACACAGCAAAAGUCUGGCCUGAAGUCUCCUACCUGACAGCUGCCGGUAAUCCAGCUUCAUCAGCCUGCUGAAGUAGUCUAAUAGGAUUAAUGAGUUCUCCUGUUUGGUUGCUCACAUUGUGUGCUCCUGCCCUCUGCUGGCUGCACAUGGUGUAGCAGUUUACAUUAAAUACAUUAUUUACAUUAUUAUUUUUUUUUUUUUGCCCUUGAC